GGCAUUGUCAUCUAAAGCCGCUCAGGAGCAAGUUGCAAAAUUGAAUCAUGCACAAGUCAAUAUUGUUUUUCAUAAUCCAAUGCUGGACCUUAUUGGAAAACUAAAACCCGUGAUGCCUUCAACUCAACUUGACUCGUUUUUCUUCCGGAAUUCUGGUGCAGAAGCUAUUGAAGCUGCAGCAAAGUUGGCAAGGCACACGACAAAAAAGCAGAAUUUAAACGGGGCUAUCAUGGAAGAACAAUGUCGCUUACUACUUAAAGGACAAUUUACAGAGUGCGCUUCGGACCAUUGA